AUUACAGCAAUCACCUCACUAUGCUGUAUAAAUACAGAUAUGUGACAGCUACAUCCUCACUUGUUCUUCAGACUGGACACUGUGGAAAAUAAAACCAUGAAGGUUCUUGUGGUGCUCGCCCUUGCUGUAUUUACAGGUUGCCAAGCCAACCUAUUUUAUGCCGAUGAGCCCAAGCCACAGCUGGAGCAGCUGACUGAUGCAUUCUGGAGUUAUGUUGCCAAAGCAACACACACCGCUGAGGAGACCGUCCAGAUGAUCAGGAAUUCCCAACUGGGGCAAGAUGUCAAUGCUCGACUGACACAAAGUGCUGAUAUGGCCAGUGAAUAUGCCGUCACCCUCAAGAAACAUGUGGAUCCUCUGACUGAAGAACUGAUGACCAAAAUCACCAAGGAGGCUGAAGUGUUGCGAGAGCGUCUGGGUCAGGACCUGUUGACAGUGAGAGACAAACUGGAGCCCUAUGCUGACAACAUCAAGAGCCAAAUUCAGCAGAGAGUUGAGGACCUCAGGACCGCCAUGGCUCCAUAUGCAGAUUCCCUGGAUUCUGAGACCCUGAAGGCCACUCUGCUCCAGAAAAGUGAGGAGCUGAGGGGGAGCGUAGAGGAGAGCGUGAAGGAGCUGCAGGCUCAGCUGGAGCCCUACACCGCUGAUAUCAAGGAGAAAGUGGACCAACAUCUGCAGGAGUUUCAGAAGACCGUGAACCCAAUGGCUGAGGAUCUCCAAGCCCAGAUUGCUGAGAGAGCAAAGAUGGUUCAACAGAGUCUGACACCCUAUGCUGAAGACCUGAAGGAAAAGCUGGACCCCUAUGCUCAGGAUUUGAAGGCCCAGCUCACCUCCCUCUAUGAGUCCUUUAUCAAGACCAAUUAAAGACUGUUUAUGUCAUUACCAGAACUGUUUUCUCAUAAGUGAGAACUGUGACUUCAAAAUCUGACAUAUUUGAUCCAUUCAUCCAGUUAUGUCUAAACAACAACUACUAGUCAAAAAUAUUCAAUUGAUGCUAUGGUUAUGAGUAAAAUGUUUUAUAACUGUUUUGUAUAUCUGGUGCAUAUUUAUUUAGUAAAACAAAUGAAGUUUAUUGUUUGUGAGUGAAAAUAUAUGUGAAGUUUCCUGUAGGUGCCACAAUUUUAUUUGAUUUGAUCAAAUAAAAAAAUCAGCAUUUAUAAACUUAA